AUGACUGGUGCAAACCCUUGGCUAAGGUCUCCACCUAGAGGCAACCAGAUCAGUUCAGCCAUGUUUCAACCUAUUGCAAACAGUGACCAUACUACUCCUACACAGACUCGGCAACCUACUCGCACAACUAGUGUCACCCAACCAGUUCCUAUAGACACCUCGCCAGGUGCACGGAGCUCUAGGCAAAGCAAUGAAAUCAAUGAGUCUAGUGAGCAACUUGAUGCUGCAAAUUCAGAGGGCCAUGUAGAGCAAGGAGAGGGACAGACUGGCUUGGUUCCAGUGGCCCAAAAGCAAGUCCGCAAGAAAACCAUUGGUCUUGGCUUAGAGAGGCUGGUAAAAAGAGGAAACAGGAUGCCUAUUCAAGUUGUUGAAGGACAGAAGAGACCUGAUGUCCCACUUCAGGCAGGAAAGCUGGCAUCAGAGACUGGUGUUGCCCUUAGAGACCAGCUCCCUAUCUUCACAUCUUGGAAGCUUUAUGAAAGAGAUGAGGGGCCUGCACAAGUACAAAAAGUGCUUGACAAAGUGGCGACAAGGUUGGAUGUGCAAGUUGAGCAUGAGGGACCAAGCAGGGCUGCAUGCACUGAUAUCAUUAAGAGGGGAGUGAAAAGUGAAAAGAAUAAAGCAAAUCGAGGGCAAGUGCAGCUUCACCAAAGGACUGGAUCUAGGUCCUAUAUUGCCCAUCGAUAUAGCCUGAGGCCUAAGUACAACAACAUGGAGCUAGAUCCUGUUGAAUUCUUUGGAGAAUGUAUGAACAGUCCACAAAAUGGUCGUACUCAGCUUGCGGAUGACAUAUAUAGUGCUGCCCGGUCCACAACAGCUGCAGUAGAAGCCCGCUUGCAAGCUCAAUUUCAGGCAACACUCCAAGCAGAAAGAGAGGAUGCUGCAAGGAAGCAGGAAGAGUUGCAGGAACAGCUUCGAGUUCAGCAGGCCUCUCUUGAAGAACACCAAAGUUUGUUGCGCUAG